AUGGGGCUGUUUGCGCGGAGGCCGGACGAGUACGUCCCAGACCUGGAGCUUCUCGAGAACAUUACUAAUUUACCAGCGUCCCAGCCGUACGCUCUCCGUGAAGAGUUGUGCGGGCUAGUGGAGAGAGGGGUGGUCACGCUCCGACGCUGGAGGGGAUAUGCGUCGUGGUAUAGGCUCUCCAGUGCGGCGUCGAACAAACCCGAACCUGCCCUUGAGGUGGCGGAGGCAGAAGCGGCAAGACGGGAAGAAAAGGAAAUGGCAAAGCGGGGGGAGGAAAACCACAGACGACCGAUACCAGAGGGUUUCUGCGACUCGGUGUUCAACGCGAAAUUGAGCCACGUCUUGGGGUUUCCCGAGGGCGCGGGGGACGAGAUGGCGGUGCGAAUGGAGGCGCGUGAGGGCCAAGCGCCAAAAAGGUCGUGGGAAUUCAUGCCCGAUGGCGCAGGCUGUUUCCUGUUGAGUGGCAUUGACCAGUUUCGCCCACCGCACCCCGGCUGGUGA